AUGAAGAGGACCCCGAAAACAUCCGUCUUGAACUCAUGGACGUCUUUCGUGGCCUCGACUGGGAUGUGUGAUGCCUUUGACGAAGACGCCAGAGCAAGAUUGGUGGAAGCAUGUCUUACACAAGCUUGGAGCCUAGUUCGCAGCGCUGUUGCGCAGCACACAGCGACACAGCCACCUCCCAUCUUCUCGGCUUCAUCACGUGCGGGUUCUGCAUCUGAUGGCAAUCCAUCGUCACCCCAUCCCGACACGCCUCUAACAUCGGCACGCGAUCUUACGUCCAAUGAAGACACAAAUCCUCCUCACGACCCUCCGACUCCAUUGUCUCCAGACUAUACAUUCGACGAUCAUGCGACUCCACCAGAAAACCCAAAAUCUGAUGGCAUAUCGUCGACACUAGAAAGUCAGACGAUUCUCGACUUUACACCAAACGAUGACCUAACGCCACCAGAGACCCCCCAUACCCCCUCGUCGCACGAUUCUGCGGUGAUUCCUUACGCCCAUGCACCCCCAGCAAGCUCAAUGUUGCUCGAAACGGUAGACACUUCAAGCGACAUUGUCGAGGACCCACCAAAUGCGUCAACAGCGAAGGACGGACAGUCCACAAAAGAGAGCACUUCAGUCGGACGCUGCCUUACUACAAGCACCACGGCAACCAUUACCAAAGGAAAUACGCUAAAGCGCAAGAUGUCUCUCAUGUCCAGCAAAUCAGCAGCGACACAGCCAAAGCAAUCUCGUGUGGUUUCUACUGGCGCAGUGAAUGUGCAAGAGAUCCAUCGGCGAUGGAACGGACUAGCGACACGCGUUAUAGCCCCCAUGCUAGAGCGGAUGAGAACACCGGUAUCGAGAAACAGAAUAACGAGCCCGUUCGCGAAUCAGCUUGGCCUCGGACAGGCGCUCGCCCCAGCAGCUGAGGAGACCGUGCUUAAUGCUUUUCGAACGGCAAGGCGCAUAGACAUCCAUGCCUUACUUCAAAAUUUUGAUUGGAAAAAGCCAGUGACGCUGACUCAGUGCGAUCAAGGGGGCGACUGCACCGAUGCCUGGGCCGAGUACCUCAGCCGAGUCAAACAAGCCAUUACGAAGACGCCAUCUUCGCAAAUGGACGACGAGAUCGAGCGACGGGUCCAGAAGGGUGUACCUCGAAGCACCGCGGAAAGUAAGGUCUACCUAGAGCUCAUGACAGCGCUCGGGUCAGACACAGGAAGACACAGAUCGGCAAUUUCGAAAUACCGAUGUGGGCUAAGACGCGUGGGUGAGGUACCGGAGGAGUAUUUUGCGUUCAUUUGCUCUCGCCCUGGUCCACGCGACAAAUGGACACAGCCUCUGACCGGGAAGUUCGGAGCUCCCACCGACGACGCUCUGAAGAACUGGCCACGGGACUGGCACGCACGUAUCAAGAAGCUGUACUUGGACCGCGACGCGAAAGCUGGUGUGCGAUACACAGCCAUGGAAAAGCGCUCAUGGACGUUCUCUGGGACUGAAUGUUCAGACAUAAAAGCGAAACCCUUACUCGAAUCCCAGUUUGUCGAUGCACCGACGAAGCCUUUUACAGAAUCAAAUUCUGGAGUGGGACUUGUCGGACGUGGCAUUCGGAGCAGUUUCGAUUGGAACGUUUAUGGAUACAGGGGGGAUAUGCAACGCUUGCGCUCGUACUCCCUCACGGUGGUCACCAUAGCCGGCAAACAGCGUCUGGUCUCCGCAGUUGACCUCAAAGAAGGCCAUUACCUUGGCAAUGUGGCCUCCAGGCUACAUUGCGCGGAAUACGGCACUGCAUCUGCGCACUGGGUCGAAGGACCAGAAGGUCUCUGUUUCGAGCCGAUCCCAGGGCCAUUGUGGCCGAUGGUCAAGGACAUGGCGUUGGAGGUUGGCAAUAUCUUCCUGACGUGGCAGCAGUUAUCGACACGGGAUGACGUAUGGGGCCUGCCAUAG